UCUAUUUAGGAGUACCCACGGACCAUCAAGAAUUUUAAUAAUGAGAAAAAAUCAAUUCAAGCCAAAAAGGGAAACCUUCUUGCCUUUAUGGAACAAAUUAAAGGCGAUGUAGAGGAAAUGAAAAUUGCUGUUAUAGAAUUGAAAAGCCUGCAUGUAAAGGAACAGGAAUUUGCCAGUGAAAAAGAAAGAGAAAUUAAUUUGUUGAAAAUUCAAAUGGAAGAAGCUGAAAAGCGUAAGCAAGAUUUUAAUGAGUGUAUUGAAAAAUACACACUUAUGAGGGAUAAACUAGACAGUUUAGCCAAAUCUAACGAGUUUGAAAACAUUAGAAGCUUAGUACGGCAUUAUCUCCUUGUUCAGUCCUUUAAUGAAAUAUUUAUCCGAAAACAGCUUAAUAGUGUUACAGCACGUGAUGAAGGUAUUGACAGCAACUUGACAACACAUAAAGAACUCAAACAUCACAGAUACUUCAUAAUGAAGCAAGAAAAGCAAUAUCAAGACUUGAUGAAGGAAACCGAGAACGUUAAAACUAAACUUUGCAAUUUAUAUGAUCAUCUGGAUGAGAUUCAUUACACACGAGUAAAAGAACAUGAAAACUGGGAAUUCUUAAGGCGAUGGAUCAAUGAAAUACAUCAUAAAAUCAACCAGUAUAAAGAAACUCCAUGUUUGUGUAAGAAUAGUAUAAAACAACUUGAAGAGAUUCAAGAUUUUAUCGUUACAGCCAGAAAAAUUACAAAGCGUUAGAUUCAAUAAGGAUAAUUUUCUAGAUGAUCUAUAAGAUUCAGCAUCACUUACAUUUACUGGUUAUAAUUGUUGCUUUGUUUAAUUUUAUAAAUUGCAUUACCAAAUUUUCAUUAAUAAGUGAAAAUAAAUUUUCAUUAUUUUGUGUUA